AAUACAUGUGACUGUAUUUAUAUUGUACCUCCUACUCAGCCUAUGCCUGAGGGGUGUACACGUGUGUAAAAGGCACGACAUCAUUGGAGGCAUGGCCCCAUUCCAUGCCCAGGUAGUGGUUGGAUUCCAUACCAGGUAGUGGGUUGCGGCGCCGUUCCAUUCCAGGUAGUUUUGGUGUGAGGAAUUAAACACGCCGUGCACAAGAGGCGCGAACACUGUGCGUUAAAGAGCAGUAGCUUAUUGAUUCACAAUAUGUAGCAAAUGAAUGAUGCAGGAAUUGAUGUGUGUUGAACAAACUUGCGUGCUAAAGCAUAGUGCAGUGCAGUUAUGUAGUAAUAAUAAUACUCACGGUGGCUGCCAUAGCACUAGGGCCAUAGACCACGCACCCAGAGCAAUGGGCGGAACCGUUAACAACAAACGAACAUACAUACACCAUAUGAACAUGAGGUGUCUGUCUCACCUCCCAGACACCUCAACUCACCCCUUCCACCAGCAUACACAACGCGAAAUUUACACUACAGUACAUAUGACCGAAAAAGCACAAACUGCAUACAAAGCAAUCAUGCAUAAAGAACACUUUUAUAAGUAAACAUAAAAGCUUUACAGUUUUGAGUGUCUAUGUAUUGCGCGAUAUUAUGCAUGUAUAAAUACAGCAUGACUUACAUGUACACAUGAAUCGGGUAAGUUAAGCCUUGGGUAAGUUGUGGUGGUAAGUUAGGACUGCUUCAGAAUUGGCUGGCCUGUCCCUCCUCCCUCCCUCCCUCCCCCCCAACUUCCUCUACACCUCGUGUUGUAUGGUGUAAGUUGAAGGACAAUUCUCUUAUUAACCCUCUGAUUUCAACUAUUUAACCCGUUCCCUAUAUACACCCAUUUAAUUCUCUGAUUAACCCUUUCCCUACACCUAUUUAACCCUUACCCUAUUUCCUGUAGCCAUCUAAACUAAGUAGCGAAAUUAUCCAUAAACCCAGCUCUAUUUCUUUUACAACCAACGUCCAUGCUUUUUAACUGCUAGUUGGCAUAUUCACUGUACUCUCGGCGCAUAAUAUGUACAAACGGCACAACGACAAAAUGCUAAAUGUUAAGAACACCUACGUUUUGGAUUUGCAGUGAUGCGUUUGUAAAGGUAAGUGUAAAAAGUCCUCAUUAUUACGUUGGAUGGUGGAACCCCUCUAAUCUGGACACCAAUGUGACAGAAGACAGUGUCCGUUUCAGAGCACAGCAAGGACACUACAUCGGUACCUUAAAGCUAUAGCACUUAUAGAUUCAAGGACAAGCUACAUACCUACAGAAUGUUUUCCUCAUAAAUGGAACCCCUUCUAAUCUGGACACCAUAAUGGCAAUGAACAGAGUGUCCAUAUUAGUGAGGUGUCCUUAUUUCAGGGGUUGAAUUGCAUGCAAGAACUGUUCUUGGGGAAAGAAAAGGUGUCCUUAUUAGAGAGGUGUCCUUAUUUCAGGGGUUGAAUUGCAUGCAAGAACUGUUCUUGGGGAAAGAAAAGGUGUCAUUAUUAGGGGUGUCUUCAUUUCAGAGGUGUCCUGGGAGAGAGGGGUUCCACUGUCUCAACACGGUGUAUCGCAACCCAAAUUGCAAGAAUUCAGUUUUGCCGACUAUACACACUCUCUCUCUCUUUUUAGCUGCUUAUAAACAUGCUGAUGGGAAGAAGAUUGACGGAAAACGAGUUGUCGUUGAUGUUGAGAGAGGUCGAACAGUCAAAUCUUGGAAACCACGUCGACUAGGAGGUGGUUUAGGCGGCACAAGAAGAGGUGCUUCGCACGAGAAUAUCAAAUACUCUGGAAGAGUUGAUGAAAGGGACAUGAAUGUGGUGGAGCGAGAUACUCACCGCGACGGAAACUCUGAAAAGGACCGCGACAGACCCCCCGAGAAGGACCGUGAGAGGGAGGGAGAGAGGGACAGAGAGAGAGACAGGGAGAGGGAGGGAGAGAGGGACAGGGAGAGAGACAGAGAAAGGGACAGGGAGAAGAGGAGCGAGAGGUCGAGGGAACGAGGAGUAGUGGGAGGAGUAGCGGAGCGUCCAGAGAGAGAGAGGAGACGAAGCCGCAGUCGAGAGAGAGGCAGUAGAGAGAGAGACAGACGCGAGAAACCAAAAGAAAGGGGGGAGAGAGAUAAUGGUCAUAGAGAUCGAUCUCGCAGUAAAGAACAUCGAAGUGAGCGUCGUGACAAAGACAAGGAGAGAUCGUCACACGACAAGAACAGAGAGAACAAGGAGAGAGAGAAAGACAGGGAGAAGGACAAGGAGAGGGAGAAGGACAGGGAGAGGGAUAAAGACAGGGAUAAAGAGCGAAGUAGGGACCGAAGCUCUAGAAAGGACAAGGAGAGGAGUCGAGACAAGGACCGAGACAGGAGUGGCAGGGACAGAGACGGACGGAGCAGCAAGAGGAUCAAGACUGAAGACGGAGAGGUGAGGGAGGAUGGAGAGAGAGACAAGGGAAUCAAGACGGAAGUUCUGGAAGAUGGGGAAAUGCCCGAGGACGAAGGUCCUAAUGGAGCUGGAGUAAAGAUGGAGUCUUGAACUAUCGUAUAUUAUGCGGAACACUAUGUCGUGCUGAUUUAUAAAUCUCGUUGUAAAAAAUUUCAUUUGUCUCACAUUCCACACUAUAUGACGUAAUUGUAAAGUCAUUCAUUUUUUUACAUAAUGGCACGCCAUUUAUGUUCAUCUUAAAAAAAUCGAUGUGCAUGCAUGCGCAGUUGCCAUGGAGGUGCAGCGGUGUGGGGAAGUCCCUAGGGUUCCUACAUUCCAAAUCACACGAUGACCUCACUUUAUUUGG